AUGGGUGGACAUUCGCUGCUGCUUGGUCUGCUCCUGUUCCUUCCUCUGAUCUCGGGCUGGACCAUUUCCAACUGCUCAGUGACCGAAGGCUCCAGGCUGCAUCUGGUCGGCGGUUUCUCCCUCUGCUUCUUGGACUCCAGCCUGCUCCUCCUCGCAGCAUGCUCCGGGGUGACCAACGUGACCAAGACCUUGGAGGCUGUGCCCCUGGGUGUGGAGGGGCUCUGUCUCACUGGUUCCCCUUCGGUUCUGCCCACGGAUGCCUUCUCCCGCUUCCCUGGCCUCAAGGCCCUGAGGCUGAGCCUGUAUCGCACUCAUAUCCUGCCAGGAGCCUUCUGGGGCCUGGGACAGCUGCAGCUGCUGUCUUUCCUGCAGCCUCCUGGGAGAGACCUCUUCCUACCCCCGGAUGCCUUGGGCAACCUGAGCUCCCUCCAGUACGUGGCUUUCUCGGGCGUUUGCCUGAAUGGGAGCUCGGGUGUCCGGUUGCCUCCCAACCUGCGGCAGCUGUCCGUCACUUUGAGUUGCCUUGAGAAUGUGGGGCAGCUGGCCGACAUCUUCCCGGACCUGGUGCGUGGCUCCUCUGGCGAUGCCUGGACUCUGGAGAUGCUGGACUUGACGUUAAACAAAUGGCUGAAGACGGCCAGUCCCGGGGCCCUCCAGGGCCUCAAGCUGGGGACUCUGAAACUGGACCACACAAAGAUGAAGGCAGCUGCAGUGAUGGGACUGGGGCUGCGGAGGCUGGAUGCCCUGUCUGUGACAUUCACGGACACGGCCGAGCUGCCCGCCGGGACAGUUGCCCACUUUGAGCUGCAAGAGCUGAGUAUGGGAGGGGCACCGAGGCUGAUAGAACACAUAGCUCCGGAGGCCCUGGCUUCCUGCCAAAGCCUGAAGAACUUGAGUCUCCAGGGAAGCCGCCUCAUGGACCUGCCACCAGGUUUGCUGGCUGCCCUGCACAGGCUUCAGAGGCUGAACCUGAGUGGCAACAAGCUACGCAGUGCCGUGCUGUGCCAGAACAAGACAGGAGCCGAGUCAGGACUGUGGGCCCUGGACCUGUCCAGCAACGAGCUGCAUAGCCUGGCCCCUGCCACCUUCUCCUGUUUGUCCCACCUGCGGGAGCUGCUACUUCAGGUGAACCAGCUGGUUCGGCUGGAGGGCCAGGUAUUCCAGGGCUUGAGGAGGCUGGAGAUGCUGGACCUGAGUAACAACCCACUGGAGGCCCUGGGCGAGGGCUGGUUGGCUCCUCUGCCUGCACUGACCACCCUCAACCUGCUUAAGACCCACAUCGUGCCGAGCCCAGCCUGGGACUUCUGGGGCCUAGAGAGUCUGCAGGACCUGAGGCUGCCGCUCCCCUCUGGCCCUCCUGGGGCAGCGCUGUCCCUGCCCACGAGGCUGACCAGCUUGGAGCUUCAUGCAGUGCCAGGCGGGGAACUUUGGGAACUGGCUUCUCCUGUCUUUCCAGCUUUACAGAAGUUGACUCUAAAAGGCUUGGGACUGCAGCUGGGGACCCAGAAUGUCACCAGGAUCUUCCCUGCCCUUCGCCAACUCUCCCUGUUUGGCAGUAGCUUGGAGGGCCUCUGUUCCCAUGACACCCCCAGCUUCUUCCUCUGGCAGCUCCCUAGGCUCCAGUAUCUGAGGGUACAGGGGGACGGGCACGGCCCCAAGCCCUGCUGCAUCACCGGGCUGCCCAAUCUCCAGGAGCUGAAGCUGCAGAGACUGCAGUCCCGAGAGCAGCCCCGCCGCCUGCAGCUGGAGGAGCUGGUCGGGGAGCUGCCCAGGCUCCAGGUACUGUAUGUGGCCCAAACGGGGCUGGAGACGCUGUCUGCGGUUGCUUUCCAGGGUCUGGGAAGUCUCCAGGUCUUGGUGCUAGUCCGGGAGAACAGCCUCGUGCUGGACGGCAGUCUCCAGCAGCUCAGUCCCCAGAUGCCACAGUACGUGUAUAUGAUGAUCUCGUCCUUGGCCUGCCAGUGUGCCAAUGCCUGGGUGGAGCCCUGGCUUGAGGGGUCCCCCAGAACAUAUGUGUAUAUAGCAUUCACCCAGCUGUGCCAGCCAGAAGCCAGGGUCCACCCCAAGCCUCGCCUCUUCCCUUUUCUCCGGAGUCACUGCCCCAGGACCUUGGAGUUGGGCCUCUUUUUGGGCAGCUCUGUCCUGCUGCUUCUGCUGAUCUCCUUGCCCCUCCUGCAGGAAGCCAGGAACUCCUGGUUCCUCUAUCUCCAGGCCUUACUCAGGGCUUGGCUUCAGGACCUGUGGGGUCGGAAAGGUGAGGGCAAGAGGUUCCUCUACGACGUCUUUGUGUCCCACUGUAGGCAAGACCAGGCCUGGGUGGUGCAGGAGCUGCUGCCUACGUUGGAGGGCCGCCGGGGGCUGCGCCUCUGCCUCCCCGAGCGGGAUUUCGAGCCAGGCAAGGACGUGGCUGAGAAUGUGGCGGAGAGCAUGGCAAACAGCCAGGUCACGCUCUGCGUGCUGAGUUGCCAGGCGCUGCGUACCCCACGCUGCCGCCUGGAGCUCCGACUGGCCACCUCCCUCCUGCUGGCCGCCCCCCGGCCCCCACUGCUGCUGCUGGUCUUCUUGGAGCGUGUCUCCCGCCACCAGCUCCCCCGCUACCACAGGCUGGCGUGGCUGCUCCGCAGAGGAGACUACUGCUUGUGGCCCGAGGAAGAGGAGAGAAAAGACGGCUUCUGGGCUUGGUUGGGGAGCAGGCUGGAGCAAGCCAGGCUGGGCUAG